AUGACAGAUUAUGAGGGUUUCAAACAACUGGAAGUCAUCCGUAUAUCCGAGUUAACCAGAGCUACCGACAAUUACACUACAUUAGUGAUUAGUGCUGAUAUAUUUAGUUUGGAUACGACACACUUUAACUUGUAUAAUGAAUUUACACGUAAAAUAUUGUGUGAAUGGGAUUACAACGACAACAUCAUGAUGGACCUGUUGACUGCGAUCACCCUAUUCAAUCCGAAUCGACCUAAUAUAACCCACAGACAUAAUGUUAGAAACAAUCAGGUUAAGAAUUGA